GUUUACAAGCCGGAUGGAAGACAGUCAAAUUGUCAAGGGUCGAGUGAGAAAGUUGCAUUUUCAUCGUGGAUCUAGGCGAUUUUGAUGUGGUAUCGCUACAAAUGGCAUCUCAGAUACCCAUAACCGUGAGAGCCCAGCCGGCAGCCGCCAGCUCUGCCGCUCUCCGCGGGAAGAAACGUCCCGGUAGCCCGGCGGUCUCAGCCGCUCAGCAGGGCACCGGGAGCAGCGGCAAGAAGAAGAAAGCACCGCUGACAGCGACACCGACAGCACAGACACAGCUAACAGCAGCAGAGACAGUGUCAGAGGUGAAGGCAGUGGGAUCAGUAGACAGCGGUCCCACUGCUGCCACAGCAGAGUCCACGGCAAAGCCUCCACCAUUCAAAGACCCAACAUUCAUGCAUUCUGGGAUUGGUGGAGCAGCAGCCGGCAAAAAGAACCGGACCUGGAAGAAUCUCAAACAGAUUCUGGCUUUGGAACGGACUUUACCCUGGAAGCUCAAUGAUGCCAACUACUACAGCAUAGAUGCCCCCCCCUCCUUGAAGCCAGCCAAGAAAUACUCAGACAUCUCUGGACUCCCAGCAAACUACACAGACCCUCAGACAAAGCUACGAUUCACAUCUUCUGAGGAGUUCUCCUACAUCCGCCUCCUCCCCACUGAUGUUGUUACGGGCUACCUGGCCCUCCGAAAGGCAACGUGCAUCGUACCGUGACGGCACAGUGCAGCGAGGCCUGAAACUUGUCCUAGGUUCAAACCAGAGCUGAGCUCAUGUCAGUGCAGGAAGCUGUCAGUGAGGCCAGAAGACUCUGAGAGCUCACACAGAGGCUACCCACUUGUGAAUACCACUGAAAAGAUUGUUGCUCACAGGAUGACCAGUGAAAAUCAUCUGCACUGCUGUAAUGAAGAAGGCAAUCGGAGUCAUAAUUGUUACUGUGUGACGGAAUAAAUUAUUUUUUUUUCCCAUUUG